AGGAAGAACAGAGGGUAGUGACACUGGGAGAAAAGGAGAGCAGCGAGACGGAGAGAGAGAGGCUCUACACAUCACCCGCAGCUGAUACAGACAGUUUCAUCCUCAGACUUUUGCUCAACACUACACACGGACUGGACUAAGGGCUCCUACUCCCUCUAGAAGACUAUGGCCUCAACUGCUUUUUUUAAAGGCGCAGGCCUCCUGCUCUUCUUACUACUGGGACUGCAGCCAUCGUCAUUUAUUUCAGGACAAAACACCACCUCAAGUUCCAAUUCAACGGCCAAUGCUGCAACAACUGUGAUGUCACCUGGCAUGAGUAAUGACUCUGCAGCAACUAUCGUGACAGCUACCACAGCUCAAACUACAAUGUCGCCUGCCAAUUCUUCUACGAAUGCUACAAUGUCGUCUGCCAUUUCUUCUAUGAAUGCUACAAUGUCGUCUGCAGGGUUGGGUAGUGGAACCACAAGCACGGACAAUGCCACUUCAUGGGGCACCAGUGGCAUGACCAUGAUAUCCUGUCGCCAGUUCUCCUGUAACUACUCAGACUGCAACGAUGUGUACAUGAAUAUGACUUCUGUUUCAUGCAUUGCUAAUAUCACCUUCUGUGAGCUGAAGAGACAGGAAGACAUGACUUACACCGGUGGCUGCAGUUCCUCCUGCAGUAAUCCCUGUGUCAACGACACUCAGACCAACUGUUCGAUGGGAUGCUGCAACUCCACUGGCUGUCUUAGCUCUACCCUGGCCUCCAUUGUUCGCACAAACACUACAACAGUGACUACAGUGAUGAUGACCACCACCACCACAACAGCAGCAGCAGCCACCACCACUACAACUGCUGAACCAACCAAUAAACUUAAGAAGUGUCAGAUGUUUCAGUGCACAGAGCAGAACUGUUACAAGUCUUGGAUAACCAAAGACCCAAUGCCUUGUCCCCUAAACCAGCCCUACUGUGAGCUGAAAAAGAUGACAACUGGUUCAACAACGAUCUGGAUGGGAGGCUGCAGUGCCAACUGCACAAGAAACACCUGGUGUACGACCACAACAGAUACAUGCCACCAAGAGUGCUGCAACACCUCCAUGACCCCCUGCCUCAAGCUGGAUGGUACUCUGAACGUUCCUUCUUCUGCCACUAGGGGUCCGCACUUCCCUUUAGCAUUGGUCACUGCUGCUCUGCUGGUUUGUCUGCUCAGCAUUGGUUCUCUGGUUUAAACUGGGUCGUGUUCAGUAGGUACCAUGCGGAAAAAAAUGUAUUGAAAGAGGGAGGAAAUUCUUUGACUUGUCCGUUGCAAAAUGGUUUAAAACGUUGCCUGUUGUGUGACUUAAUGAACACAACCCUGAUGUGUCGAACUAGUUGAAUAACAUACAGCGGUAGUAGUUAGCACAGCAAAACCUGGUUUCUAUUCCACAUGAAUAGUAUACUGGUUGUAGGUCUAGCCUACUCUGUUUUUGUUUGUUUGUUUGUUUGUUUGCUUGUACAUGAGAUGUAUUGAGAAACUCUGUAUGAGGGCUCAUAUGUGCUUUUGAGAAAUGUAGGCAAUUUAAGUGAUAAUGAGUCCAAACCAAAUGGUUUUAAAGGGUAUUAUUGAAGAAUAUGAUGAUAAAUAUGGCUACAGAAAGCUACUCGACCAUACCAUCAACUCAUUUAUAAAUCAGUAAUGUGUAAAACAUAAUCCACAGAAGAGGAUAGCUAUUUAUGAUCAUAGAUGACUGACCUAAUGUAUCUGCUUUUUGAUACUUAUUGAGAUUUGUGUAAGUUGAAGUUUACAAUUGUGACAUUUUCAUAAACGUCCUUAUUUUUAGGCCAACUGUUCUUUUCUUUCGCCAGUGGUUUGCAUGAUGACUUGCAUGUUUUCUUUGAUUUUGCACUUGAAAAGACAUUCUAGCCUAGUCUCAGAUCUGGUUGUGCUCUUGCUCACUCAAUUGCUCAUUGACAAACCAAACAUGCCCAGGACAAGGAGUUGGCAUGAUAGCACAAACCGACUGGCACUCAGGCUAAAGGCUUUCUCCAAUACAAAAGCAAAUAUCUGUUCUUUACAGAUAUUGCAUAAUAACUCAGUUAUUACCUAGUCUUAGAUAGCAUAUUGUGAAGGACAGACUUUUGCACUUGCAAAAAAAAAAAAACAUAUAUAUUGGGCUAUAGAAGGUGUUUGAAAUAUUUGCGCUGACGCAUUGAGGUGUAAUUCAUAUCUGUGAAUGUAGUCAUACACUGUACAACUGUAAUGUGUGUUUUACUCCUUUUAUUAUUUCACUGUAUUCUUAUUUAUAAUUCACCAUCAUAACAAUGUGGACAUUGAUUGAUAAAAAUUGGUUAUGAAAUUGGGUUAUAAAAAAUGCCAAAGUGUAUAUUUUACAGUAGUUUCAUGGAAAGUUGACAUACAACACCUGAUAUGUCAUAUCUAAUAUUUGGCAAAAAGUUACUAAAAGAAAUGUGUCAUGUUGGAUACUUUCUACAUUGUGUAUAUUGUACAAACUGUAACAACUGAUUUUAAAGUCACCUAAAUAUAAAUUAAAUAAAUGU